AUGCUUCUUCCGAUAGACCCCUAUGCGAUAGGGGUCUAUGCCUUUUCCGAUAGGUCUUUGGGCCUUCUUCCGGCCUUGAACAAGUGGCGAAAGCUGGAACCUGCCAUCAUGCUGCCCGUCGCCGAGAACCUGAAGUCGCAUUGUUGUCAUCCAGAGCCGGACAUUGCAAGGAAUGCCCAGCGCAUCAUGGCUGUUUGUGCCGGCUGCUUGUUUUCGAUUCGGGGCCACGGCGCCGCAGUUAAAUCAAUUCGACACCUGUUGGCUGGGGAAAUGAUCCACAGGUUGCGGCAUGCAGACGACGACGUCCGUGCUGAUAUAUGUGGCGAACUAUCCAGAUGUGGACCACACUUGUUGGGAAGGUUCAACAAAGCCUGCAUCGCGGAGUUAGUGGAAGCCUGCAAGCCCGGGAACGGGGAUGUUUGCCGCGGCAACGCGAGGAAGGCGCUCACUGUCUUCGUCGAGAAUGAUGCGGCGCUGCAUCGUUUCGUGUGGCCACUUAUCGAAGAGCUCAGGUGGGCAUUACCCCCGGAUGAGAAGCGUGCUAUUCACCGCAUGCGAGCACACAUGUUGUUGACUGGGAUUUGCCAGUCAGUGUCCGACGCUUGGGAUGAUGGGCUUGCUGCAAAAAGACCGAUAAGCAAGGCUUGGCAAGAUUGCUUUCAGGCGUGCUGUCCGAGCCGCACAUAA